AUGAGCGGCUUCAGGUUCUUGUCGCUCGUGCGGCCUUUCAUGUCCGUGCUGCCCGAGGUCUCGGCGCCGGAACGCAAAGUACCCUUCGAGAGCCGUGUCAUGUGGACCGCCAUCGUGCUCGCCAUCUUCCUCGUCUCGUCCCAGAUCCCGCUCUACGGCAUCGUCUCCAGCGACAGCUCAGACCCGCUCUACUGGAUGCGUGUCAUCCUCGCCUCCAACAGAGGUACGCUCAUGGAACUCGGUAUCUCGCCCAUCGUCACCUCGGGCAUGAUCAUGCAGCUCCUCGCAGGCGCCAACCUCGUCGAGGUCGACUUCAGCCUCAAGGAGGACCGCGCCCUCUUCGGCGGUGCCCAGAAGCUCUUUGCUCUCAUCAUCUCGCUCGGACAGGCCACCGUCUACGUGCUCACCGGUCUCUACGGACAGCCCAAGGACCUCGGCGCCGGUGUCUGCCUCCUGCUCAUCCUCCAGCUCGUCGUCGCCGGUCUCAUCGUCAUCCUUCUCGACGAGCUCCUCCAGAAGGGCUACGGUCUCGGCUCCGGUAUCUCGCUCUUCAUCGCCACCAACAUCUGCGAGUCCAUCGUCUGGAAGGCCUUCUCGCCCACCACCGUCAACACCGGCCGUGGCCCCGAGUUUGAGGGUGCUCUCGUCGCCCUCUUCCACCUCCUCUUCACCUGGAACGACAAGUCCCGCGCGCUCAAGGAGGCCCUCUACCGCGACCGUCUGCCCAACGUCAUGAACCUCCUCGCCACCCUCCUCAUCUUCCUCGUGGUCAUCUACCUCCAGGGCUUCCGCAUCGAGAUCCCCGUCAAGUCCAACCGCUUCCGCGGCCAGCGCGGCACCUACCCGGUCAAGCUCUUCUACACCUCCAACAUGCCCAUCAUGCUCGAGUCCGCCCUCACCUCCAACGUGUUCAUCAUCAGCCAGAUGCUCGCCUCCCGCUUCCCCUCCAACCUCCUCGUCAAGCUGCUCGGCGUUUGGGAGCCUCUGGAGGACAGCGCUCAGCUUCACGCCGUCGGCGGCAUCGCCUACUACAUGUCGCCUCCGCACAACUUCAGGGAGGUCGUCGGCGACCCCAUCCACACCGCCAUCUACAUCGCCUUCACCCUCACCGCCUGCGCGCUCUUCUCCAAGACCUGGAUCGAGGUCUCCGGCUCGGGCCCGCGCGAGGUCGCAAAGCAGCUCAAGGACAACCAGAUGGUGAUGGCCGGCCACCGCGACGCCUCCAUGUACAAGGAGCUCAAGCGUGUCAUCCCCACCGCCGCUGCCUUUGGUGGUGCAACCAUCGGUGCGCUCUCGGUUUGCGCCGACCUCAUCGGCGCUUUCGGCUCGGGAACCGGUAUCUUGCUCGCCGUCACCAUCAUCUACUCGUACUUCGAGAUCGGCAUGCGCGAGGCUGGCGGCCCCGAGAUGGCUGCCAUGGGCGAGCUCUUCGGAUAG